AUGGAUUUGCGCCAAAGGUUACAGCGUCGGGAUGACUCGUCCUCGACGACUGCUUUCCUUGACCUCAUUGCAGAUCCCUUCAAAUCACAGUUUACCACCAGCUCCAUCUGGGCUUCCUUGGGCACCUCGAUCGGUAUCUCCCUGCUCCUCGCUCUCCUAUUCUCUCUAUUUAGACCACGUCACUCGCUCGUAUACGCUCCCAAAGUCAAGCAUGCCGAUCGAAGACAUGCCCCGCCGCCGGUGGGCAAAGGAUUCUUCUCUUGGGUCAAGCCCGUCAUCAACACGCGAGAAGCGCAGCUGGUGGAUACAAUUGGAUUGGACGCGGUGAUCUUCCUGCGUUUCAGCAAGAUGUGUCGCAACAUCUUCAUCUUCAUGAGCAUCAUUGGCUGCGCGAUCAUGAUUCCCGUGAACCUGGCGGAAAGCAAAAGCAACAGUGACAAUUCCUCGCUCUCAGCAUUUGAUCUGAUGACACCGCUCUACGUGACAAAUACGAUGGCAAUUUGGAGUCAGGUGGCAUGCGCAUGGGCAUUUGAUUUCAUUGUGAUCUAUUUUCUCUGGAGGAAUUAUCGAGCUGUGCGAAACCUGCGAAGAAAGUAUUUCCAGAGCUCGGAUUACCAGCGGAGUCUGCAUGCCCGAACUUUAAUGGUCACCGAUAUCCCUGCUCCAGACCGCUCCGAUGAAGGCAUUCUGCGACUCACCGAUCAGGUUAAUCCCACCGCCGCCUUGCCCCGCGCUGCUAUCGGCCGUAAUGUGAGGGAUCUGCCAAGCAUCAUCAAGGAACACGAGGACGCUGUACGACAGCUGGAAUCCAUACUUGCCAAGUAUCUUAAACGGCCCGAACAUUUACCUGCGAAGCGUCCCCACAUUCGCCCACCCCGCAGCCAACGCGACAAGCACCCCGAUGGAAAAGUUGACGCCAUUGAUUAUCUGACAGUGCGUAUCCGGGUUCUGGAGGAACAGAUCAAGCAUGGACGAGCAUCUAUCGACCGCCGAGAUGCAAAGCCUUAUGGAUUUGCCAGUUGGGAGAAUAUUGAACAUGCACAUGCAGUUGCUUGGACGGCCCGUAAGAAGCAUCCCAAGGGCACGACAAUUAGGCUCGCUCCUCGCCCCAGUGAUCUGAUUUGGGAGAAUUUACCCCUCACCAAGGCCACUCGCAAGUGGAAACGGUUCAUGAAUUUCAUCUGGGUGACUGCGCUGACCCUUGUGUGGGUCGUACCUAACGGCCUGAUUGCGGUCUUCCUGUCCAACUUGUCGAAUCUGGGUCUCGUGUGGCCCGCUUUCCAGACUCAGUUGGAAGCCAACCCCAAUGUUUGGGCUGCAGCUCAAGGUAUUCUGUCGCCCGCCGUGACUUCUAUUGUUUAUCUUGUGCUGCCCAUAAUCUUCCGACGCCUCUCGAUCCAAAGUGGCAGCAAGACCAAGACUUCUCGCGAAAGAAAGGUCAUGGGCCAGUUGUAUAUGUUCUUCGUCUUCAAUAACUUGAUCGUUUUCUCGCUCUUCUCCGCUGCCUGGACAUUUGUGUCAACCGUGAUCCAGGAUACCGAUAAGAAUGAAACAGCUUGGCAGGCUAUUGUUGACAGUGCACUCUACCAGAAGUUGGUGAGCGCCCUGUGCAAUGUGUCUCCGUUCUGGAUCACCUACCUUCUGCAGCGCAACCUGGGUGCGACUAUCGAUCUCGUCCAGAUGAUCACAUUAGUGCGAGUGUGGUUCGCUAAGACGUUCCUUUCGCCAACACCACGUCAGUCAAUUGAAUGGACUGCACCUCCUCCCUUCGAUUAUGCCAGUUAUUACAACUAUUUCCUCUUCUAUGCCACCGUUGCCAUGUGCUUUGCCACUCUCCAGCCGAUUGUGCUACCGGUGACAGCUUUGUACUUUGGUGUCGAUGCAAUGCUGAAAAAGUACCUGUUGAUGUAUGUGUUCGUGACGAAAAAUGAGUCUGCCGGCACAUUCUGGCGCGCCAUUUUCAACCGCAUGGUCUUUGCAACGAUUCUGGCCAACGUUAUCAUCGCUCUAGUCGCCUUGUCGCAGGGUACCCGGACUAUGGCGUAUUGCGUCAUCCCACUCCUCUUCAUCAUGCUUGGCUUCAAGUUUUACUGCAUGCGAACCUUUGACCCAGACUGCGAAUUCUACAAUCGCGCCAAUCUCUCCGACGCCGAAGCCCUUGGUCCAACCAAGGUAGACAAGAAGGCCUCGGAUCGCCUGAACGCCAAAUUCGGCCAUCCAGCCUUGUACAAGCCACUCAUGACCCCCAUGGUCCACGCCCGCGCAGCCGAGGCCCUCAGAAAGAUCUACCAGGGCCGCCUAGACGGCGGAGAUAUGGUGGGCGAGUACUCCGACAUCGCCAUGAACCCGAUGUUGUCCUCUCAACCCGGAAAGGCAGCCGAUCCGGCGCCAUUCGAGGUUGUCCCCGAGAAUCAUCUGGACUUCUCAUAUUACAAAGAUCGUCCGGACUUCCGCGAAGAAUUCGGCGGAGGCAUCUACGGUCGUCCAGAUGAUCUCAUGACAGAACGCUCGCACACCCCGCGCCCCACACUAGGCGGCGAGUGGUCUCCCAGCUCCUCGCGUGCUUCUUCGCCCGCUCCAUCGCUGCCAUCCAUGUCUGCCUUGAGAGUACACGAUUCCUACGAGCCCCCAACUGAUGACACGGGUCUCAUUCACCCUGCAUUCCGGGUUCCACUUUCGCGGGGCGACAGUGGCAAUGAUGUUGGAGGAGGCUUGUACCCACACGGGGAUGAGAGCGAGACAAGACUUCUCAGCAGCGCGCAGGUACCUGCGCAGACUGAUGCCAACCCGCUCGAUCGCUGGCGCGCGGGGGGUAAUGGCUACGGUCCUGUUGAGCAAGAGCAACAUGGGGAGGAAGAGUAUAACCCGUACACGUACACGUCGUAUGAUGCGUAUCGGGCACCAAGGUAG